AUGUUGCGAAACGUAUUUACGUUAUUUAUUUUGUUUGUAAGUGUGCGUGGUGACUGCGGAGUAGUGACUAAAGACGAAUGGGAUGGUCUGACUCCAGUGCACGUGGACUAUUUACCGCGACCAGUAGAUUUGGUCAUCAUACAACAUACUGUUACCUCAACUUGUAAGACUGAUGAACGAUGCGCUGAGAUUGUUAGAAGCAUACAAAGUAACCACAUAGAGAAUUUGGGUUACUGGGAUAUUGCCUCUUCGUUCAUAGUCGGUGGAAAUGGAAAAGUGUAUGAAGGCACUGGUUGGUUGCACGUCGGGUCUCAUACUUAUGGCUAUAACAGCAGAUCUAUUGGAAUUACAUUUAUUGGCAAUUACAAUAAUGAUACUCCAGCCACAGAAUCUAUAGAAGCAGUUAAAGCUUUACUUCGAUGUGGCGUAGAGAAUGGUCAUCUGUCCCCGCAGUACCAUGUGGUGGCACACAGGCAGCUCAUGGCUACUGAGAGUCCUGGAAGAAAACUGUACAAUGCAAUCAGACGAUGGCCGCAUUGGUUAGAAAACGUCAGCUCCAUCAAGAAUUAA